UCUAACUUAAAAAUUACUGGAAAUUUUAUUAUCAAAAUGAAGUAAUCAGACUGUUGAAAUAAUGCAUUAGUAUUAAUUCCCUCGUUAUUAACCAAAUAUUAACCCAUUCAAAACCAAAUGGAAAAUCAGCAGCAGCAUUAUUUCUUGCCUUCGGAAAUAGCAAGGCUUGUUUUGGGAUAUCUACAAGAUGUUGGUUGUAAAAUGACAGUUAAAUAUUUUAUAAAGGAAAGUAAAGAUUUGGUGGAAUAUUCAGCUUUAUUGAAAAAAGGAUUAAAUUAUCCCACUUCUAUCAAUGGUUUAACAUUGAUUGCAAUUAUCAAUGAAUAUGCUGCUUACAAGUUACAAGAUACAGCCAGCAACCAAUGGACUGUUUCAACAGCUUCAUUAUGGAAACAGUUUGACAAUGUUACAAGAUCAUUAAAAAAAGCAACAAAGAGUAAAAUCCGUCAGCCUGAAACACAAUCAACUCGAACCAAGAAAUCAUUACAAAAGCGAAAAACACAAAAGGUUGUGGUUGGAAAUUUGACUGAUACUGAUGUUGUACAUAUCAGUGAACUUAGUGAUGAGGGUUGGGAGUCUGACAAUAGUCAGACAGAUAACUUGCUAGACAAUACGAUAAAUUUGAAUGUAACAUAUAACAAUAGCAAUAAUGAAAAACAGCCUUUCUCUAGAUCUUCGACAUUAAAAUUAUCACCAUCAUCAUGCCAAAUUGUAUCCCCGCCUAAUUUAACACCACCCCUUGUGAAUAAUUCUGCUUCCAAACGUAAUAAAUCACGUACUAGUGCUACCAAAACAAAAUCCUCAAGUGCCACAAAAACUAACAGUAAAAGUGCUGAUAAUUCAAGCCCAGGUGAUGUAGUGCGGAGACAAACUCGUUCUGUGUCAGCUGUCAAAAAUAGUAGGCAUGUGUUAGACUGCAAGAAAAAUGGAUCUGAAAUAUGUACAUCCCCGAAGCGUACAUGUACAAAUGAUAGUACAAACGUUAGUGUUAAUAGUUCUACGGGUCUAGUUAUCGGUGAAGAACAAAAAGAGAAUGAGUCGAUGGAAUUUUCUCUGCACGAAAGUGAUGGUUUUAACGGGGGAAAUAAUUCAAGUGCUGACAGUGAUCAUGUUGAACCAACAAGCCACAAUUCAGUAUCUGUUUCCGUGAAAAAUGUUCCUAUCAGUGUGGACAGUGAUCAGGAACAGCAUUCACGGGUAAAGAACAGGGAUCUAGUACAGAAAUCUAGGAUAAAGAACAAUGAUCUGGAACAGCAAACUAUAAUAGACAGUGAUCUGGAACAGCAGACUAUGAUCAAGAACUGUGAGCAUGAGUCGAAUUGCAUUGCUACAAAUGAUGAGAACAGUCAAGUGUUUAAUAAUCUUUCAAGUGUAUCUCGAUCACCUGGUUAUUACAACCAACCUCAGCAACCAUCAACUGAAGAAGUUCAAGAGAUGAUACCACCGCCUACUUCACCACAUAAAACUUUCCAGCCAAUAGACGAAACAUCCCAGUUUAACACACCAUUAAAAACUUUUACACAAUAUCAUUCCGAUCAUCCACAUCAUCAUAGAUCACCACGUAGAAAACGACAACCUCCGAAACGUCACACAGUAAUAGGCGGUCAUGAAACCUCAUCAACUUCACAGUUUCAACCAUUUAAACCUGAAAUAGAGGAACAUACAGCCAGCGAGUAUCCGGAUUUAUUGGAAAGACUUUUACAAGAUACAAAAUUUCAUGAAAAACUGGCCGAAGACAUCAAUAAGAAACUGAUACCACGAAAACAAUCUCUAGAGCUGGCAGUUGUUGAUCAGUGUAGUCAAAAAGCAGCAGAUGAAACUUUUAUUGUUCCGAACAACACAGACUUCCCUCCCCUUGAUAAAAACUCCAAUCAUACAUUUAGCAGUAGCGAAAAUGUAAAUUCUAUGAGUGAUUUAAUUAUAAAGAAUAUAGCUGAUGUUACUGGUAAUGAUCCUUCUUUUGAAGCCGUAUUUAAUUUUUUUGUUCACAGUAAGUUUGCCAUGUAGUCUAUCAGGUCAGGUGACAAUCUUAUUUAUAAGAUUUCUACACAGUAAGUUUGCUAUGGCUUUAUUACAUUUAGACUACAAAGCAGUUCUUUUACGUACAUGCCAUUGUGUACAUGGGACUUGUUUAUUUGCCCCAUUCGAACAACUAACUGCUGUUCCUUGUCAGGCCUUCCAUACUACACCACUUACAAGGCGAAGCCAUGCUGAAAAAUCUCCAGGUACCUUCUCAGCAGACACCAGGAUUGAACUGAGCCACUGUUAGAUCUAUAGUAAAAUUAAAAGAACCAAUUUUUAUUCUCCCUUGAAGUAGCUUUAACCCUUUAGCACUUAAACCGUCAUUAACUAUAGAGCUCCAUAAAUGUCCCUAAAAGUCAUCUGAAUACCAAAAACUAAUAUACUGCCGUAUUCACAUAUCUCAAUCAAAUUCGAAGAACAGGAUUUGGGGGGGGG